GUAAAAUAUUAAAAAUAUCUACAACACGUGAAUGUGAAACGGAUACUAGGCUCCGCAAGAGUCGGCAUUCAAUCAGUCUGUCUUCAAGUGUACAUCAGUAAUGUAUGACGCAUAUAUUUAUUUUAGUAUGUUGUUGUAGAUUUAUUCAAAUAGCCGAAAAUCACGAAAUAAAUGCUUAUUGUUAAAUAUCAGAAAUAUCUACUGUGUAGCAACAUUUUUACUACGGUGUAGGUAUUUUUCAAAUGUAACUACAUUGACGACUGACGACGACGUCGAAUACAGUGUAGAUUAUUACGAUUUUAUUGAAAUUCACGAAAUAAAUGUAAAUCGUAAAAUAUUAAAAAUAUCUACAACACGUGAAUGUGAAACGGAUACUAUAGGCUCCGCAAGAGUCGGCAUUCAAUCAGUCUGUCUUCAAGUGUACAUCAGUAAUGUAUGACGCAUAUAUUUAUUUUAGUAUGUUGUUGUAGAUUUAUUCAAAUAGCCGAAAAUCACGAAAUAAAUGCUUAUUGUUAAAUAUCAGAAAUAUAUACUGCAUGUCUACAUUUGGUGUACGGUGUAGGUUUUUUUGAAACGUUCAAAUAAUCGUAUAUAUCCAUUGAAUAGAUGGCUAUUAUCCCUUUGUUAUCGAUACGACCUUGUACUAUACCAGCUGCCGUUGUCAACAGCGUUCAGUGUGUCACAGUUACUUGUACACGUUCUAUGCGUUUGCCCCCUUCGUGUUUUUUUUCAGCAUUUAUUAUUUGCUUGACAUUAUUUAAAAUAUAAUCAAUUAUUAUUAUUUUUUUUUUUUUCUCUCUCGUAAUUACCUACCAAUAUGUUUAAAUGCGUGCAGUGUCCGUUGGUUUUUAGACGAAAAGGCAGUUUGGUUAGACAUGAAAUAACUCAUACCGGUAUACGUUUUCCGUGUACCGUAUGUACAUCGACAUUCAACUAUAAAGCGCAUGUCAAUAGACAUCUGAAAAAUAUUCAUGGUAUUGUCAACAUUCGAACCCAUUUGAGACCGAUACCAGCUACACCCAUCAUCACUCAACCUGCUCCAGCUCAACAGGUCCAGAUUGCGCCGCAAAUAUUUGUCCCCGAUGUCCCGGCCGGUGGAUCGAAUGCGAUAUCCGACGACGACGAUAUAUUGUGUAUGGAAGCAAUGGACGACUUUGAGGAUAACGAUAUAUUGUGUAUGAAAGCAAUGGACGACUUUGAGGAUAACGAUAUAUUGUGUAUGAAAGCAAUGGACGCAUUUGAGGAUACAGAUUCUUACACCGUUGCCGUCAACGGGAAACGUGUUUCGACCGCCAAUACCACCUCAGCUGCUAACGCUAAAAAAAUUAGAUUGAAUCUCGUCAAGUCACCCGGGUUUGUUGAGAUUUUGUCGUCCGCAAACCGUAAAAUAGUUUGGUAUUAUGCUAAAAAUAUUACUAAUACAAUGAUUUAUUCUGACUUUCUCCGCCCGCUUAUGCCUGAGCUAGUCAAUUUAUUGAAAACCCACGUGAAAAAGCAUGCGAUUAAAUUCAAUUUGAAACUCGAGGCAACAUACAACCGGCCCAACGUACCAAACUCGUCAGAGAACCGGGCAUUCAAGACUUCGGCGGUAGAACUUUAUCCGCAUAGUGACAUUAGAACGAUUGUAGAGAGGGCGUAUAUAAAGUUGAUGAAGGAGAAAGAUGACUACAGUGGGAGGGGGAGUGGGUUUUCUCUAGAGUCAAUAGACGGCUUGUUGUUGGCGGUAUAUAAAUAUACACCGUUGGGUGGCUCGUCGUAUAUCGAGUUGCCAACGUAUAUCGACAGAAAACGGGGUACAAUAAAUCCACAAAACACAGACCAGGAAUGUUUUAAGUGGGCAAUUUUGGCGAGACAUGCGGCAAAUAAUGUAUCCGAUAAAUAUAAAUAUUGUGUAGGAGAAAUUAUAGAAAGUACAUAG